GCAGGUAAAAUGGAAAUACCAGUAGUUAAUUAGGUAAGCAGGUAUGGCUCCUCCCAGUCCCUAGAGAGAAUAUAACCUGCCACUGACACUCACAAGGCACUGACUUCUACACUGGGGAUACUGAGAAACUUGCAGCACCCGACUGGAGCAUCACUGCUGAAGCAAGAGCCACAAAAAUGAAGGAAGUUGUAAGCUCUUGUAUCUUACCACAGUCCCACCGUACAAGCAGUUUGAGGACAAUUGCUAAUAUGCUUGAUAAUGGAGGAGUGUGUGGAAUUCCCACUGACACUGUCUAUGCCCUGGCAGCUUCCUGCAAGCACCCAGAAGCUAUCAACAGGAUUUACUCCAUCAAGGAACGUCCAUCGGAAAAGCCUAUCUGUAUCUGCAUUUCCAACCUUGACCAGCUGAGGGUCAUCAAUCCCCCGUUCAGCCCCUUGCUGUGGAACUUCAUGGAUCUUGUAUACCCUGGAGGCAUAAGCUGCAUAGUACAGAAAGGAGAAUGGCUUAAAAAAUUAGGUGUCGGUCCUGCCUAUGAAACAGUCGGAACUAAUGACUCCAUCAUGAUAAGGGUCCCAGACCACACAGUCACCGCUCAUCUCACAGACAUGACUGGGCCUUUAGCUAUCACGUCGGCCAAUCCAAGUGGAGAAAGUGAUAGCACCCAUCAUGAUAUGGUGAUAACCCGACUGAGUGAUAAGCUGGAUGCAGUUCUAUGUGAUGGAUACUCCAAUGAGCUUGUGGGAUCCACAGUUGUAAAUUGCACCAAAAUAAAUGAAGGCAUCAUUAAAAUCCUGCGUGAGGGCUGUGUGCCAACCACUAAGAUUAUGCAACUAUUUGAGAGAGCCAAGAACACUCCGAGGGUUUUGUAGAAGCACAAUAAUAGAUGUCUUGGAACCUAAUGAUAUGUAUUGGAGCCCUGCUGGCAGGUCUCAGGAAACUGGAACUACUUGGAAUGUUCAUUUAUUUAACUGUUUUUCUUAAAUUCAUAUUUAUUUAUCUUUGUGCUGUAUAAUGUAAAUUGUUUUAUGGUAGAACACUACCCAUGUUUACAGCAAGUUAUAUGUGUUUACAUAAUGACAGUGACUUAUUUUAAAAUUAGCUUUUAUACAAAAUGAUAUACAAAUGAAUUUUGGAACCAAUUAGCAGGUUAAGGACAUUUGAAAGUAACCCAUUUUUUCUCUGUUCCCUAUUGUGUAUUGCUGGAAAAAUCCAAUUGGUCCCAUUGGAUUUGUCGGUUUACUUGGAUUUUUAUGUGGAAAUGUUACUGUCCAGCUCAUAAGGAUAGUCGUAAUUCUACAUGUACAUGUCUGUAGUUCUGUGUUCUAUUUACUAGAGUUUUCCCUGUUUAUAUAUGGCAUAUAACAUAUAUAGAUAUAAUCUAUGGUGCUAAGACAAAAGUUCCAUUAUGCCAGUGCUAUAAUACAUUUCUGAUGAGUAAUUACCUUCUGCUGUGUGGUGAAAAGGGAUGGCUAGAUUACCCUUAUUGGCAUAAGUCAUCCUUAAGGUGACCAUUCCUACCAUUUUCUAUAAAACAGUUUGGAAAACCUCUAUAUGCUCAUAGAUCAGAGGGAAUAUAGACUUGUAAAACAUGCAAGGGAUCAUUUACUGCAACCCCAGAUGCAAGUGCCAGAGCACUGGGGGUAAAAAUGUGUAGAAAGUGCAGGGCAAGGGGAAAAGUACAAAAACAUGGUGAAUUGUGCCAUUUUUUGGCACUUUGGUCACUAUUCUGCACUUAGCAGGUGUCAUUCAUUUUCUCCUUCAUUUCAUAAAUGCUGCUCCCAUUGACAGGAACAAUGGCUAGUGUUAAUUUACCUCAACUUGUAUGUUAAUUCUAAUUUAUUUCUCUUUGUUUUCUCAUUUGUCUCUGUUUAUUAAUUGUAACAAUUUAUUGUUGACUGAAUUGUAUUCAUUCCUAAAAUCUUUGAAAUCAUAUUUGUAAUGUAGUAAAAACAUGGCAAAUAAAGCGUUGAUUUAAAAAAAC